AGGGACCAAGAAGGUGGUGGUUUUGAGUUUGACGCACUUCUGGGCGAACAAGCAGAGAUCGUCUAUAUUGAGUAAAACAAGUAUACAACAGUAGUAGAAUAUUAGGCGCAUAAAGUGUCGUUAGUACUCCUUACCACACUUUCUUUUGGCAGCAGAAGUAUCUCGAAAGACAAAAAUCAUACUGUUGUUUUGAUUGCGUGUGCCUCUCAUAGGAUCUAGCGCGCGACCUCGCUUCUGAAACCGGCAGCGGCGCACUGAGCUGCUGCACUUAUUUACCCUAUCUUUUUGGCCGAAAGCUCCCACCUCUGCUACCUGCUGUAGUACUAGAAAUAAAGCUGCAGCAACUGCGUUAUAGUAUCACGUGAUUGGUUUUGCUUUCGAUAAUCACAAAGAGGCACAUCAGAUCAGCGUUUUACAUGUAUGCCCCCCUAACUUAGUCGCAAAGCAUAGAUAUGCGGGAACGAAGAAGACGUCAGGGCCAAAACACCGCACAUCACUUUCGUCCAGUAGAAGCUUGCUGCUGCGAAACUACAGAGCAGCUGCGAUAAUCGGCGAGUGAAGUGGUCGUGGCACACUUGCACCUCUUGGCCGUUGUUGCGGUUUCUGCUGGUUUUUCGAGUCCCCACUGGGCGUAGGAGGUGGAGGACGACUUGACAUCGCUUAAGUUUAAGGCAUCGCAUCAUCAGGACGACCGCUACAAAUAAAGCAACUCGGUACAGUAGGCUGCCGUUUCUCGGAGCCACAAGCAGUUGUAGUGCGGAAAUCGUCCGCGAAGCUUGUCCUAUAACCACAGCAGCAAUACACGAGCGACACAAGGACCUGCUUUGGACAACCCGACCCGCGGAAGGGAAGUUGAAUUUCUGCUGCGUCGUCUACAGCGCCUCAGACGCGGGUGGUAUCACACUCGUUCGUGAUUAAGUAAUUACUACACCCCACACGCUGACAAGAACGGGCAAGACCGAAGUAAAAAAAGCAGACCUCAAGAAGAGGCGACUUCCUGGCACUUGUAAGUCAUCUUCGAGGGGGGGCGCAGCAGGUAGAUCGACCAAGGCCUUCUCUUUGGCGUAACAAACGUCGAAAAAGAAGAAGUGCGACUCGUUCCGCCAGCCGGUUUCACAAUUAGUAGCUUCUUCUUCCUCCAUCUCCAAACAACCUCGGGACUAAAAUAGAACGGAACAUCAGCAAGCGAAAAAAACAACGACCGGUUGCUGGACGUUGAGGCUCAGGCCGGUGGCGUUCGCAUUGGCGUUUCGUUUUCUAUUGUUGUCGGGAUCAUAUUAGCUUCGCAAGAACCAUUUCAACAACAACCGUGCCUGGCAGAACAACACCAAGCGCCACCGCAAACUGAAACUGUGCGAACACAAUCAAUCAGCAACCAUGUCGCACGGUACGCGGGAAAAUUACCAGGACGUCUACGGCGAGGUCCUCGAUUAUGCAAAGGAGCUCUUCCGGGUCCUGUCCCAAUCCGGCGGACCCUUCGCGCCGAUCGACAACAUAAACCCAAACGACAUACACACGCUGGCUCACAGCGUUACAGGUAUAGAAAUUGCAUAUGAAUUACUUUUGCAGCCAAGCUAGCACCAUAAAAACAGCUCUAAUUUUGUUUAGCAGUUUGUUCUGUAAUAUUUUUCGUCAUGCUCCUCCAUGGCUUUUGUCAUGGAAAAGAAUCAAGAACUUCAACUCACUUUUUCCACCCUAAUCUUCAGGUAUGCUCCUCCACAUGAACUGGACCGAAAUCGCUGGAGAGAAGCUUCCCGACCGAUGCAACACCAUCAAGGGGAAGAUUCUCGAGGCACUGGGCGUCUUCCUGAAAAUGAAGAUGAAGGGCGUCGACGAGCUGAUCCCGCAGGUCUGCCAGGAACUGGUAACGUCGCGGGCGGAGAACGUCGUAAGGCAGUAUCAGCAGAGGAUACAAAAUAUCGUCGGCAACCUGACGAAAGCGGUGGAACAGCAAUUGGCGAUCAACACGAGUGUUAGCAAUAUGAAUUCGACAGGAGCUUCAGGGAGUGGAACAAAUCUUACAAAUAAGAACAGCGCAAACCUCCAAAACACGCCUUCGACCAUGUCAAAUAACAGUUCUACCCCCGAAAUCGCACUUGGCCAAGCAGCAAACAGCGCGGGCGGUGCGAGUGGGAGCACCACGCCGAGUGCGGCUGCUGACGGGGGAACAACUGCAGCUGCGAAUGGCACAACUGGUGCUGCGGCCAAUGGAAAUAAUAGUACAGCGGAUCAACCAGCAGCAGAAUCAGGCACAGCAAUAACAUCUUCUAGUGCCGCGGUGGCAUCAACAACACCUGCUGCGACAGAAGCGGAAGCCGGCGGGUCGACGUCGUCCACAUCAAGUACAUCACGGGCGAACAAUCCAAACGCGGUGGAUCAUGUGAAGAGAGUUUUAGCGCAGUUCCUGUUCUCAUUCUGGCUCGAUGUGCAGCAGCAGAUUUCGCAAAAUGCGCAGCCACCGGCCGGAGAGAUGCACACCAUAGGAAGCAUAAUAGUGGGGAACAUACUCCAGUCAAUACCCGAGAAGGAAAACGACCUGACACCAAAUACAGAAUUCCAAAUCAACCGGUGCAAGAACGUGGUAAUUGAUUUUCUUUUUUGGAAAUAGUUGUUUUUUUCUAUGUUUACCAGAAUCAGAAAGGAAUAUUUCUAUUUAGAACUCACGUCCGUGUCCGACACCAGCGUCGAUAGGGUUUUGUGGGUCUAGAGUUUAGGAUAUUUGAUUUAGAACUCACGCUUACCAUUCCGCAUGGAUGACGGCGACCCACUGAACAUCUCGCGACCCACACCAAAAAAUGCAGGUCGAGCAGCUUUUCAGCACGCCCCAGGAGGUGCUCUGCUUGAUGGCGGUUCGGCUAAAUGAGUUAACUGCGCAGCUGAUUCGACUAUCCAUGGAGCUUUAUCACAGGACUGGGUAUAAUCUUUUUUUUGCGCUAUGGCUUUAUUGCUUCAGUGCCCUUAGUGCGCUAACGCGGUGAUUUUUUCAAAUUGAAUUUGAUUGCCGUGCUGCUACCUGCUCCUCGCACGCACCGGUGGUAAAUUUCCAACGACGACCGAGAAGGAAGCUCCACCUCCAUGAUGAAAAUCUCCUUCUACCCUUUUCAGAUACAUGGCCAUCGAGACGUCGCGGCCAAAGAUGCAGUCGUUUUUCCAGUACUACACAAUCGACACGACGCAAGCGGAAAUGACUUCCUCACUACUGUCCUCUCACGCCGGCGCAACAGACGCGGAGUUCAUCAACAGUGUUUUCAGCAUUCAGCUCAUAGAUUCCCACAGCGGCCUGCUAGACUUGCUGAACACGGUGGAUAGGCUCAAUGAGACGCUCGUAGCAGUGGAUUUCGAAGGUAUAGAGUCUGUGUGUACGUCGUGAUUUUUUCAUGCAGUAAUCUUUAUUUUGACGAUGGUGUGUCACGAAUCCGACUCGUCUCAGAUCAGGCAUGGAACAGAAACACGAUAAAGCUCUCCGUUCAUGGUCGGCAAAAAAAAAAACAGGCGUAAAGCUGUGCCGGAGCGGUCAGCUCUGCCUGAUCCAGCUUACCUUGAGCUAUCAAAUGUAAAAAUGUCUGGGUCUGGAAGAUUGCCAGGUUUGACAUGCAUAUUUUGAAUCACCCAUGAUGUCUGUGAUGCAUGCCCUAGCAUCACAGAUUUUUAGAGGACUUCGUGAUGCCUCUGCCGCAUGAGAAAUGCCCUCUCGACGUAGCACAAACUGGAGUCCUUUUUCUGGUCAUGCAAUACAAAUGUUUUUAGAAUCCAGAGACAGCAUUACAAGUUUAGAAUCUUCCAGACCCAGACAUUUUUACACUUGAUAUGAGCCAGUCACCCACGAUAGUGUACGUCAUCGAUGUUUUCCACCUGACAAAUAUUUGUGUCGCCGGGGUCUGCACAGCCAAGGGAACGUCAUUAAAGACGAUACUGGAGUCGGAAGCAAUUGAGAAAGUCUGGUACUGAACUUUUGUUGCGGAAGCGGCGUUAAUUAACACCGCAUAAAGUUUGUGGUCAUGCUAUGUGUGCGUAUCGCAUGAAGCACAAGCCCCACAAACACGAAAACCAGGUUUGACCCACGGAACGACGCCGAUGCUUUGUAUCACCAAUUCGGCGUGUAUCCAAAAAACAUUUUCGAUCUCCAGCUGGCAGAGGUGGCUUCCCGACGGUCGCAGGGACUGAAUGUAAGUAGAACUUGUUGUUCAUUACUGGUGGGAUUUGUCUUGAUUACACGACUGUGAACGUUCGCAGUUAUGAUUUGCCAAGCCUACGUUAGAGCAUGAGCAAGCAGUCGUCGCGCAUGUCAAAUUUAUCAAAACCUUCAGGUGGCCUACGUCCAGGGCCUCAACAAGGUCCUUUUUCACUGCAGCGCACUCGACAAUACGCAGAAGAAAUUCAGCGAGCACAUUGGCGCGCUCGGGAAAAACCUGUUCGAGCCCGCGUGCGGGGGGGACUACAACAUCUUCACCAAGCGACCGCUGGACCCACAAAUUCUGGUCUACAGCGCGCACGACGCAAGGUAUGAGGAGUGUUGCGUACGCGUUCGGCGAAACCUACACAUUUGAUGUCUUUACUGGUACUCGAGUGGCAUAAAUCACUCAAAAAAAGAAAUUGCUGAGCGCGCGAAUUAAAUCAGGUAUAUGCUGGAGCUGAGGACCCACUUAAUCGAGAACAUCAAGGACAAAGAUAAUUGGAUUCCGCGGAUCCUCCAGGCCGGCGGGCAGCGGGUGGAGUGGUGUUUGCUCCCAGAGUAUUUCAUCCCGAAUUCCGACGCACCGAUGUUUUGA